CCGGGCCGCCCAUGAUCCUGUGGGGCGGGCGCGGGGUGGUGGACGUGGUGGGGCCGCUCGGGGAGGGUGAGAGGGCAGAGCUCACAUGCAGGGGUAAGGGCGGGCGGCCUCCCCCAACUCUAACCUGGACAAGGAGGGGCCAGCGCCUGCCCCUGCUCGGCAACAACACGUCCUCCCCAGACACAGAGAACGUUUGGGUGGAGGCGCGCGUGGCCAUCAUGGGAAGCAGGGACCUCCUCGGCAGCACGCUGUCCUGCCACGCCCACAUGCCCUCAAUCGCCCAAACCCUAACCAUCGCCCCGCAGGUCCAGACGGCCUCCGUCAUCGUCAACGUCACGUUGCCGCCAGUGACGGUCAGAAUCCUCAGCCCCAGCGCGGCAGCCUCGGCAGGAACGGAGCUGCGGCUGACCUGCAGCGCCGGUGGCUCCCACCCCCCCGCCCUCCUCACCUGGUGGAACGGCCACCAGCGCCUCUCACCGGUGUCCUACGCUGUGGAGACGGGAGGCAACGUCACCAGCGCCACGCUCACGCUGCUGGUGAGGCGGGAACACAAUGGGGCGACGCUCACCUGCACCGCCUCCAACCCCGCCCUACCCGGGGAGCGCCACCUGUCAGACUCCAUCAAGCUGAGCGUCUACUACGCCCCCGUGGUCCGCCUGUCGAUGGGUCUCUCCGUCAACUCCAGCAGCCUGAAGGAGGGCGAUGACGUCUACUUCGAGUGCAGCAUCACCGCCAACCCUCCGUACAAGCGCAUCAUCUGGUACCACAACGGCGCGGUAGUGGCGCACAACAAGACCUCUGGUGUGAUCGUGAGCAGACAGAGCCUCGCCCUACAGCAUCUGAGGCGGGAACACGCGGGGACCUAUACGUGCGGGGCCAUCAACCAAGAGGGGCACAACAUAAGCAAUGCCGUCAUACUACCCAUUAAACACGCUCCGGUGUGUGCCGGGACGGGGCGGGAGAGGACCAAGGGGGUGGCCCGCGGCUCCACAGCGUCCAUCAAGUGCCUGGUGGAGGCAGAGCCCGCUGAGGACAUCACGUGGUCGUGGGUCAGGAAGGGAGUGGACGGCACGAUGGAGGAGCUGCCCAACGAGGAUGUGCGGGUCGAUGGCUUGUCCUCCAGCAUCAUCGUCACGCCCACCACGCCCGAAGACUAUGGACGCUUCCUCUGCCACGCCGCCAACAGCAUUGGGCGGCAGCGCGAGGCCUGUGUGAUGACCCUUGUUCCCGUGGGGCCGCCAGACACGCCCACAAACUGCUCUGUGUCCCCGGCAGACCCCAGCACGGUGCACGCCAGCCCCACCACCGCCGCCCUCACGGUCACCUGCCUCGAGGGCUUUGACGGCGGCCUCCCGCAGUACUUCACGCUGGAGACGUGGCAGGACAACGAUCUCGUCGCCAACAUGACCAGCAUGUUCCCGGAGUGGGUGGUGUCGGGGGUGCGGCCGGGGAUGGGCGUCACUCUGCGGGUGGCGGCUCACAACACAUGGGGCCGCAGUGACGCCUUACGUUUCGAGGUACACACAGCCAGCGCCAAGCACCACGCUGUUCACGCAGACUCCAAGAGGAGCCUCCUGGACGUGCCGCCGCUGCUGGGGGCCCUGGUGGGGGUGGUUGCCGUGCUGCUCAUCUUUCUCAUCGCGGGCGUGGUCGUGGCAAGGCACAUGAGACGCCAACAACCGCCCACGCACGUCCACACUGUCAUAAUAACGCCCACCGCCACCACCACCAUCACCGUCCCUGACCCCGACACCUACGACCCUGACGUGGUGUCCUCUGUGCGCCAUCCUGCCGACAGCUUGGAUGUCUUGCCCCGCUCCGAUCCCACACCGCAGGCCGCGGCUCCCGUCAGCCGGCCCACUGCGCAGGGUACCAUGAGUGAGGGGGAGCAGGGGCAGGCUGUGGCAGGGAACCACGCCGGCAAGCUGGGGAACAAGCUCACGUCUUUCUCACGCGGAUUCUGCCUCCACAGACAGACCAGUCCGUUUGGGGACAGUGAAGAGACGGGCGACUCGGACUCGGAUUCCACCUUCACGGACUUAACCGCGGCGGGCCGCGAGGCCGCCGCCCUGCCGCUAGCAUCCAGGAACUCCCUCCCUCGGGUAAAGAGGCGCAUCCAGCAACUGUCAUCCUCUCCACUUGACUUGCAGCUGCAUGCGUAUCAUGUGUCCCAGGUGGUAACCACCCCCGGCGGCAUGAUUCAGCGUAUCCCUUACCUCCACCGGAACCCGCGCCAGCCUCCACACACCUCCCCGGGGGACCUGCGACACCUGACGGCCUCGGCGGAAGAGUUACACCCCCUCAUCUUCUCCAGAAACUUUAGGCAGCUGCUGACGGCAUCGGAUGUGGGAGAAUUGUCUUAUUCAGGAACAGAGCUGAGGCUACUUGCUGUCACAGGCACAUGGCCGUUGGGCUCCUCAUCAGGGGAGCUUAGACUUCCCCUGCAGUCUUCGGGGACUUUACGUUCGAUAACCACAGAAGAGCUCCGCCUGAUACCCUCAUCGUCAGGGUCAUCUCCGUGGGACUCGCAAGCCACGCCAAUCUUCAGCAGGCUCUCCCCGGUCAACCAUCGACAGCCGUGCACGGAGGGGACGCAGCUUCCAUCACAGACACCCAUAUCACAACCACAACCGCACUCGCCCUGCGGCCACUUGCAGUCUCGAUCACCUAGCACGCAGCCUAUUCUUCAGGCUACAUGCAAGGAACCCCAGCCACAGAUCCGGUGCCAGGAGUCUAGGCUUUAUCAGCCCUGCGUUGGCCAUCAACCCCAGGAGUCCAGUGGGAUUCCUUAUCAUCAUGGAUCUUGCCCCGUAUCGCAGGCUGCGGGAGUGAAUGCUAAGCCUCAGCCGCGACUUGGCUUUGUCGACUCUCACCUCCAGGCGGAGGGUUCGAGUGUGGCUCCCAGACCACCAUGUCCAGAGCAAGGGCCUUCAACAUUCAUUGGCUGCCAGAUCACGCGAACGCAGGCUAUAAUUUCUAAAGAUCUCCAAGUAUCUCUGAGGGAACUUCAGCCCCCAUCCGCACCAAGCGGUGAGGUGGAGCCCCUGCCAGACACUAUAGAGCUACAGCCGCCUCCGUCCUUCAGGGAGCCCGAGCAAUCCUCUCAAUUAGAAGUUGGCUCACUAACAGACACUGUUCGCCAGAGGAAGCCGGUAGGGAAGCCCGUUGUUUGUCCUUUGCCUCCUUCAAUGAGCCACUUGUUGCAAUAUAAGUCACCUGAUGCGUCGAGUGCAACGUCUAGUUCUGCUGUAUUUGAAGGAAAUUCUUUCCCGUGUCACCAUAUAAAUAAAAAAAUGGAACAAUCACAACACAUUUUGCAUACCUUGUUUGUAGUACUUCUUCAUAGGGUUGGAUCAAAUUUAAACGGCUAGUUGUGGUGUUAAUGGUGAAUGUAGGAAAAAAUGGCACCGGAAAAAAUGGCACAGGAAUAAAUGGCACCAGAAAAAAUGGCGCAGGAAAAAAUAGCACAGAAAGUAUGACACAUUUUUCAACAUAGGAAAAAAUGGCACACAGAAAUAUUUGCUUGUUAUGGAAUGAUUUUCAGUAAUUACAUGUUUCGAAUAUUUUGCCAUCCUCCUCUUCUCCUGUCCAUCUUCUUCUUCUUCUUCUUCUUCUUC